CAAGUUUGUUUUCUUACAGCUGUAUUAUGGUAUUAUGAAAUGUGUCAAAUCGUCAACAAAGACACUAGGUUUUUGAUUGUUUGAAAGUUAUCUCAAUGAGACCAGAAAAUUCUUCAUUCGGCUAUAAUAACGACUUAUAGCCACUACCAUGAAAUUGGUGAAUCCAAAAUGCUUCCUAUAUUUCAAGUAGCGUCUCCAAAUUUCGAUAAGAAAAACAUGUCCCUAGCCGAAAUUUCUGCGAAACCCAGGCAAAGGAGGGUCAACGUUCCUGUCCAUAGAAUACUUAGUGAUAAUUUAGAAACGAAGAAGACAUUUUCCGCAAAUUUUAACACAAGACGGUAUGCGGUCAGCGACGACAAAGUUGGAAAAACCACUACAAUUCUAGAAGACGAUGAACCUAUGCGUACCGAAAUCAUCGUAGAAACAAUAGAACCAGAUACUUCCACUAGAAUAACGAAAAAGCAAUUAAGCAGAGAAAAUAUGAGGCUCGUCGAAGAAAACAGACAUCUCUCUUCGAAGUUCCACGAAUUGGAGGAACUCUCUGUGAAAAAAAUCACCAAGCUCAGAGAGAAAAUUAACGUGCUGCAAUUAGCCAAUACGCACUUCAAAAAAGACAUCGAAGAACUAGAAGAGAAUUUCGAACAGAUUCUACACGAGAACGAGACUUUAAAAUACGAAUUAGAAAAAUUGAGAGUUUGUAAAAAGUGCGAAGACUUUCAAGUAGCAAUUGAAAAUUGUCAUACUGAAAGCGAAAAGUACCAAAAAGAGAACGAAAGUGUUAAAAACAAAUAUAAAGAAUUGCAUGAGGAUUUGCAGAUGCUUAAGAUCGUUGUUUUUAGAUUAAAUACGCAAUUGGAAAGGUACCAAGAACUUCUAAGAAGAAAUAACAUACCCAGACCUUCGAUGGAUUCGUAUCAUAAGCGCGACAUUGAAAUUUCUGGUGUAGAGUUAAGCAAAGAAAUUCUUUCGGAUGUUCACAGAGAUCACAAGCAUAUUCCAGUAUUAUGGGGAAAUGUAAAUAAACACACUUUAGGUCCCCUUCUUGACGCUUACGAAGAUUCGAUCAAAGAAAAGGACGAAAUAAUCGAGGAAUACGAAUCCGAAAUGAACAAAUUCACGGGAAAAAUGCGAGAAAUAAUGGAAGAAAAUGAGUGUUUGUAUAAGAGAUUGAAUGAAGAUGAAAAUUGUAGUUCCAAACUUAGUAUCGAACUGGAAAGCGUUAAGAGAGAAUUGAAAAAUACGAAAGAUCAAAAUGAUGCGCUCAUAAAAAAGUGUUCGUUAAAACAGGACAAGCUUGAGGAAGUGCUGAGGAUUUACGAAGCAAAAGUUGAUCAAAUGACACGUGACUACGAUGUGCUCCACGGUGAAUAUGUAAAAAUUAAAACUGAAAAUGCAGCCUUGGUGGAAAAAGCUAAAUCCUGCAUGAAUUCCCAAGAAGAACUAAGAAGUCAGUUACAUAAUUUUAUCCCAAUUGCUGUACAUAAUUCUAGCGUUAACGAGUGUAAAAAGUGGUACGAAGAAUUAAAACUUCAGUACGAAGCAGAAAAAGAAAAAUUAGUUAAAAAUAUCGAAUCGCACGUUAAAACGAUAGAAGAUUUAAACAAAGAAAUAGGAAAUUUGAACAGUAUAAAAGAAAAGUUAGAAAAUAACGUUAGCCAUUUAGAAAAACAAAUAAAAAAAUUGGAAACGAAACAGUUAGAAAUCGAACACAACCUGAACGGAGUGCAGCUUUCGAGAAGUGCCUUAAAGAAACAACUUCAUAAAGCCAUGGAAUUCGCCAGAGAUAUGGUAGCGGAACAAGAAAUGCUGCUAAAAGCGUUAAACCAAAGGCAGAUAGAAAACAAGGCUGUCAAAAAAAUCGGCUCUGAUAUAGCUUCUAGAAUGGAUUAUUUAAAAAGUCAACUCAAGGAUGUUCAGAAAAAUGCCUGGCAAGACUUCGCUACAGUUGAACAGACGAUACAAGAUCAAGCCAACACUAUUGAAACGAUGAAAGGUCAGUACGAGAAAGAGAUAGAUGGUUUGAAAAGCAUUAUAGCUCGUUUCGAAGACGACAAAGAUAGCAAUAUAAAACCCGAAAACAUGUCAAUGGCUCAUUAUUUUUUACUAAAAAAUAAGUACAAAUAAUUUAGGAAUUUUCGUUAUUGUUAUCGAAUCAUAGUUUUUUUAUUAAUUUAUAUAGGUAAAUUUUAUAUGAGUAUUUGAUUGUAAUAAAAAAAAUUGAAUUUUA